AUGUCGUCUCCAACACACAACUGCUGCCUUCCGAAGCAACAACAACCGCAAACAACAGCAGGGGAACUGGCAAGCGUCAUGCAGGAAUUGCGUCAACGAUUCAACAAACCGUCGCACCCGAACGAUGUGCCAGUUCAGCCUGUGCAGAAGGAGAAGCAGAAAGAACGGCUUAGCUUUUUCCAGAGGAAGGAUGCCUUCAUGAAGGAGUGUCAAAAGCGUUUCGCAAGGCGUAUUUUCGUUCCGAUCGUGGUCCGGAGUGCAGCCGAACUUCUCAACGACAGGAAACUGUUUCCGGUGGAGGAGUAUUGUGAUCGUCCAAGUUCGCAAUACAAUUGCGAUUAUGGCUGUCAGCAUACCAAAUCCUGCGAAGCUCUAUUCGCGUAUACUCCUGAGCAGAUGGAGCUUGCUGCCAGAUUUGCUCCCGAAACUCCGGAUUUCUUGACAAAAAAGUCCAAGCUGGAAACCUUGGAGAAACCUGAUGAUGAGGAGAAAUCGUCUGAGUACUGCGAUGAGGCCAUUGAUAAGCCUGCUUGCUCUGAGAAAUAUCUUGCCGAGCUUGACCCAAAGCAAAAACUGCAGACGACAACAGAAGAUCUGACGAGUGUCAUGCAAGAAUUGCGUCAACGAUUCGACAAUCGGGCGAACCAGAACCCUGUGCCGGCUCAAUCUGUACAGAAGGAGGAGCAGAAAGAACAGCUCAACUAUCGCCAGAGGAAGUUUGCUUUCCUGAAGAAACAUGGCCACGUAUUCUGGGCCCAGAGCGCGCACCACCUUCUCAGCGACAGGAAGAAACCUCCAUCGCGUAGAUCCUGUCGUCGUGUAGGGCCGCAAUAUGACUGCUUUUCAGGAUGUCAUCACACCAAAUCCUGCCCAGGUCUCUUCGAGUAUCCUCCUGAGGUGAUGAAGUUUAUUGCCGACUGCGAAGCUAGAACUCGCCACAGACACACAACCUUCUCUAUGAAAAAGCCCAAGUUGGAGACCGUGGAGGAGUGUGAUGAGGAAGAGGAACAACUGUCAUCGUAUUCUGUCGAGGCCAUUGGCCGUCCUGCCUGGUCUACCCGCCGACUCAUUGCCAGGUCCUACGACUACCUCACUCCUACUUCACUUGAUGCUGUGACUGCUAACGGUAGAAGCGACAAGGCAGAAGCCAGCAAUUUGACAUCGUCUUCUGAUGACUACUUUGGCCAGUCAUCUGAAAACUUCAGCCUUGAGCCUCUUCUAGGUUCCUUUGAGGGUAAUUUCUUUAAAGCUUCUUUCCCGCUAAGUUUCCUCCAUCAAAUCCCUCCGAUUCUCAGAUAUCAAUUCUACAAAGACUUGCCUUCAAGCUACCAAUCAGAGAAAUUACUUCUUGGACGAGGAGUGGAGUUUGGACUUUGUCUCUGUUGGUUCGUCUUGUGUAAGCCUGAAUACCAUGGAAGAGCUUGAUCCAGAAGGAUGUAAAAACUAAACAAAUUCUCCUCUAAACACCUACAAAAUUUUUCAGGGCAAUUGUUGGAAUACUCUGCUAGACCCUUUGCCUCGUUAGAUGACUUCUUCACUAGAUCGGCGUCUUCCGGAAAUGUCAACUCUCUGAGCAGUGCCGGUCAACUCUCUGAGCAGUACGACCGCGAAGGAAGUGCCGGUUCAAUCUGUGCAGAAGGAGGAGCAGAAAGAACAGCUCAACUACCGCCAGAGAAAGGAUGCUUC